AUUUAACUUAUACGAUAUAAUUGCGGUAUUUUUCAUUCGGAGAAGCGUCUUGUUUGUAAAUUUGUUUUAAGAUAUAGGUUUAAAGACAGAUCUGGCCACUUCUUGAGGUCUAAUGUGGCCGAAGCGAAACCGGAAGUUGCUCGGAGUUAACCCUCUUCGGCUCGGUAGUGAUGACACACAUCAGCAGCACCAGCUUCUUCCAGAAGUUUCUUCACACGGUUUUCCAGCUCGGCGGCAACGCAGGAACAGCACUGUAUGUACACGUUGCUCUGCGUUGGCUCGUCAAAGUUAAGUGACAUUAAUAUUUUUUUCUCCUUGUCUCGGCGCAGAGAAGAAAGUUGUCCACGGGGGCAGUGACAAGUGAGGGAAGCUAACCUUGACCGAUAGCUAGCCACAGCUACAGCCCGCAGCAGUGACAGCUGCGGCGGCGGCGUAGGAGCCCGUUAUCCUGCCCCGUACACAGGACACGCUGGAUGUGUUGCUGGCACCGAGCAGAAAACUGAAGCGACUGUGUUGAUAAUGUUUUUAUGAAGUGGUAAAAAGAACUGACCGGUCAUUGUAAUGGGUAAAGAUUACUAUAAAGUGCUAGGAAUAGCAAAAGGUGCGUCUGAAGAUGAGAUAAAAAAGGCGUACAGAAAACAGGCCCUGCGUUACCAUCCCGACAAGAACAAGUCUCCCGGAGCAGAAGAUAAAUUCAAGGAGAUUGCUGAAGCCUAUGAUGUCCUCAGUGAUGCCAAGAAAAAGGACAUUUACGAUCGCUUUGGAGAAGAAGGAUUAAAGGGUUCAGCUGGGGGUGGAGGUGGAGGACACAGCGGUUCAAGCUACAACUACACCUUCCAUGGAGACCCUCACCAAAUCUUCGCCGAGUUCUUUGGAGGCCGCAGCCCGUUCGAUCAUUUCUUCUCACAGAAUGGGGAGGAUGAUAUGGACAUCAAUGACCCCUUCACAGCAUUCGGCAUGGGAGGAAUGGGCGGCAUGGGUGGGUUUCACAGGUCCUUUAAGUCCCACCCAGGAGGCCCCCACAGAGCGCACGAGAAGAAGAAGGACCCGCCCGUGGUGCACGAGCUGAAGGUGAGCCUCGAGGAGGUCUUCUCUGGCUGCACCAAAAAGAUGAAGAUCUCCCGCAAGAGACUGAACCCAGACGGCUGCACCAUGCGCAAUGAGGACAAGAUUUUAACAGUCGACAUCAAACGCGGCUGGAAGGAGGGGACGAAAAUCACCUUUCCCAGGGAGGGGGACGAAACUCCUACCAACAUUCCUGCAGAUGUGGUGUUUGUGGUCAAAGAUAAACCCCACCCUGUGUUCAGAAGAGAGGGAUCAGACAUAAUUUACCCUGCAAAAAUAUCACUCAGAGAAGCGUUGUGUGGAUGCACAGUCAAUGCCCCGACGCUGGACGGCCGGACCAUCACUGUGACCUCCAGAGACGUUGUCAAACCUGGAAUGAAAAAGCGCAUUGCCGGAGAAGGCCUGCCGCUGUCCAAGUGCCCCGAGAAGAGGGGCGACAUGAUAUUGGACUUCCACGUUAAAUUCCCCGACAAACUGGGCCAAAGCACACGUGAUGCACUCAAGCAGAUCCUUCCAGCGUGAAGUUUACCCAAAAUUAUAAUAAGUUCUGACAUUUCCAGUGACACCUCUCCUGUGUAUCAUCGUGUUUCAGCUUGGGCAGUACAGGCACAGGGCAGAUUUGAUUCUAGCUGGGUUUAAUUUCUACUGUCUCAACACCAAAUCCACAUUCUUACCCAGUAUCCAGUGAGUUUAAUGAGUGUCUUAAGACUUGGGAGACUGACAGAACAGCUGACUUUUCCCUGUGCGUGUGUGUUCAGCUGAGGUUGAGUAACAGUGUUGAGCAACAGCCUGCCACAUUGUGAGAUUCAAGUUGGAAAAAUACAUAGAAAGUAUAUGGUAUAAAUAAUCAUGCAAUAUGUCAAGUGAUAGGUUGUGGUUUUGCUACAAGAAGGAGAGAGUCAAACCAGAGAAAGCGUGUGUUUGUUUUUUUUGUUUUUUUAAGUUCACUGAAUUUUACCACUUGAACAUUUCAUUUAGUAACUGAGGAUGUAGUUUCACUGCAGCAGUUUUCACAGCCAGCUAAUUAACAAUACCUCAGGUGCACUGACGCAUGCUUGAAUGUAGCUGUAACUACAUUAAUCAACAGGACAUGAUUUUGGUUGCCGUUAAACAAAACUGAAGUUUAAAUACUGUGUGGAUCCCAAGUGGUGAAAACAUCUGUCUCUAAACACAGAUGCGCUGUUUUGAUAAGUGGCAUUGGCACUAAGACGAACGUUAUGUAGCGGAUCAGCGUUGAAAAUAGUCUCUUUGUCAGUGUUGUAUUAAAAUUCAGUGUUCCACCUGUCAGUUACACUAUCUGUAGGGCUACACACUCUCAUUAACUGUCUAGAUAAAUAUACUUAAGAUGCACAUGAGCCUAAAAAUGCUGGUGUGUGAACAUUUCCAGUUCUAAAGUGUAACGUUUCAGGUAUGUAAUUUUACAUAUAAAUGAUCCCUGGGAGUUCCCACACAGUCGUAUAGCAUUAAACAGAUUUUAAAUUUAGGAAAGAGAGAGCACUUCUGUCAGAUCGAUACUCUGUGUAUCAAAAAGGAGGAAAAAAAUCAGAUCAGUCCAUCUGUGGUGUUUUAAAAUUGCACAUCUUGCAAAAUGUUUACUCUUACAGUAUCUUGUCUAACCAAGAGUACACACUUUAAUAUGUAAAAUAUUAGAUUUUUGUGCCAAAUAAUUGUCCCUAUGUAAUUAUAUGUAUGUAUGUGUGUCUAAAAGUAUGUUGGGAGCAUACGUGUGUCCUGUCAAAUUACCAAAAUCUUAAGCGAUUUACUCCAUUUGUACCCUUUGAAGAUGCACAAUGUAUGUGUAACAUUUCAGUUCCUUCUCAUAUGUUAUUACUCUGUUUGCUUGUUUAAUCUAAAGCCAGUGAAGUUUUUUUUUCUUUUUUUACCUGAUGUGGUAUAACCCUGUUGCACCAGGAUAAAAAUAUUGCAGACUGAUAAGUUGAAGUCCCUGAUUUAAAGGCCUGUAGGAUAUAUUUUUGUUUAAUGAUUGUGUCUUAUUUCAUGCCUUCUCGUAUAGGUCAUACCUGACAGUGUUCACUCCAGGAUGUACAGUAACUGGGAAUGUGUAGUUUCACAGUUCAGUAGGAAUCCUAAGAAAACUACUGAACUCUGUGUCACGUUCAGCCCUGUGCAGCUUUGAGUGUAGUGAAGAUGGAAGUGAGUAAACAAGUUUGUUCAUUUGCACAUUUUAACGUAGUGCUGAUGUGACUGUCAGGAGGAACAAAACAAACUUCAUGACGGCCACUACUCUGCUCAUCCUGCUCCUGCUGGAGUUUUAAGUUCCUAAUUGACACAAACAUGUGGUUUAACAUGAAUGUAGAGAUGUGUAAUCUCUGUAAUGUUUAACUUUUUUGUUUUAAAAAAGGAUAAUUCUUUUGUUUUUUCUUGCAAAUGUUUUCCUUUUUAAGGGAAAAAAGUGUAAGCAUUACUUUUGUUUUACCUCUUGUUUGUUAUGUAGUUGUGAAAUUCUUCAGGGUGGGAUUCAGGAUGUUAUGAUUUUUCACAACAAAGCUUUUAUGACUUGGUAAUGGGAUGGAAAUUUUUAAUAGAUCUUUCCUAUGCUGUGAUUAUUUGCAUUUACAUAUUAAAGAACCUGGCAAAUAAAAACUGGCAGAUAUCUCAUUGA